AGUUGCCGCAGCGCCGCCGCUUGUAAACAGAUCCUGCCCCACGUGACGCGCGCGCUGGUUGUGCGGGGGUGCCGCGCAUUGUCCGCGUUGGUGACCGGCGGGAGCCGCGCGGGGAGCGGGGGGAGGCGAUUCCCGUCCGCCCUUCCUCCCUCGUCGCUCCGGUGGCGAAGCAGCGCACCCUCCCCCUCGUACCCUGGCCGCUAAGAUGGCUGGUGGUGGGCGGUAAGGCGGUGCGGGACUGCGGAGCCGCUGACGGGACGGGAGCGCGGAGGGCGGGCGGCGUGUGCCCGUGUGCGGAGUCGCGCAGCGCCAUGUCCGCCUUCGCCCUGGAGGAGACGCUGGAGGCCGACUGGGUGGCCGUCAGGCCGCACGCCUUCCAGGAGCGGGAGAAGCACAAGUUCGCCUUCAUCGUGGCCUGGAACGAAAUCGAGGGCAAGUUCGCCAUCACCUGCCACAACCGCACGGCGCAGCGCCAGCGCAGCGGCUCCCGUGAGCUGCGCCGUGGCGGCCCCGAGGUUGGAGCCGUCCCUAAGGCUGGCGGCCCCGCGGUACGCAGGGACCCGGGGCCGCCCCGGGGCUGCGCCCAUCCCCGGGCCGAGGCGCUGCCUAAGAGCCCGCUGCGCGCCAAGGGCAGCCCGGCCCGGAGGCCGCAGCGCGGCCCGGAGGCGGCAGGUGCCGCCGAGGAGAUCGAAGUGCUGGAGCCGGGGAAGGAGGACGUGGCCGCCGCGCUGUCGCUGCCGCCCUCGCCGCCGCGGGCGAGCGAGUUGGGCGCUCCCGACGCGGAGCCGGCGGGGGAGGAGUGCAGCUGGGCCGGCCUCUUCUCCUUCCAAGACUUGCGGGCCGUGCACCAGCAGCUGUGCUCGGUGAACUCGGAGCUGGAGCCCUACCUGCCUGCCUUCCCCGAGGAGCCCUCGGGCAUGUGGACGGUGCUUUUCGGAGCGCCAGAACUAUCCGAGCAGGAGAUGGACGCUCUCUGCUACGAGCUGCAAGGUUACUUGGUUCACAGCUUGGAUACCUGUGGCUGGAAGAUCCUUUCGCAGGUGCUUUUCACCGAGACCGACGAUCCCGAAGAGUAUUACGAGAGCCUGAGUGAGCUGCGACAGAAGGGGUACGAGGAGGUGCUCCAGAGGGCCCGCAGGCGCAUUCAGGAGCUUCUGGAAAAGCAUAAGAAUACAGAAAGUAUGGUAGAGCUCCUUGAACUGUACCAAAUGGAAGAUGAAGCCUACAGUAAUCUUGCAGAAGCAACCACAGAGCUCUACCAGUACUUACUGCAACCAUUCCGAGAUAUGAGGGAGCUUGCGAUGCUUAGAAGACAGCAGAUAAAGAUCUCAAUAGAGAAUGACUACCUAGGCCCCAGAAGAAUUGAGAGUCUGCAAAAAGAAGAUGCCGAUUGGCAGAAAAAAGCCCACAUGGCUGUGCUUUCUAUUCAAGAUCUUACAGUUAAAUAUUUUGAAAUAACAGCUAAAACACAAAAAGCUGUGUAUGAUCGAAUGCGAGCAGACCAGAAGAAAUUUGGUAAGGCAGCAUGGGCAGCAGCAGUGGAACGUAUGGAAAAGCUUCAGUAUUCUGUUUCUAAGGAGACUUUGCAGUUGAUGCGUGCUAAAGAAAUCUGUUUGGAGCAGAAGAAACAUGCGCUGAAAGAGGAGAUGCAGAGCCUGAAAGGUGGUACAGAAGCCUUAGCCCAUUUGGACCACUUAGAAGCUGAUUACUAUGAUCUACAGCUUCAGUUAUAUGAAGUGCAGUUCGAGAUCUUGAAAUGUGAAGAGCUGCUCCUGACAGCACAGCUUGAAAGCAUCAGAAGAUUGAUGUCAGAGAAGAGAGAUGAAGUGGUGUAUUAUGACACUUAUGAAAGUAUGGAAGCCAUGCUCGAAAAAGAGGAUAUGGCAACAUCUAUACACUUGCAAAAAGAGGAGCUGCAAAAGUUACAACAAAAAAUCCGCCAGCUGGAAGCAAGGCGUGGACGUAUUUCAGCCAAGAAAGCCUACCUCAGAAAUAAGAAGGAGAUCUGUAUUGCAAAGCAUAAUGAGAAGAUCCAGCAGCGUCACCAGAGCGAGGAGGAGUACAAAAUGCACCAUACUGUUCAGCUGAAACGAGAUCAACUGCAAGAUGAAGAGGAAAGAAAAAGUUCCUGGGUUAGUCAGGAACGACAGAAAACCCUGGACAGACUGCGUACAUUUAAGCAGCGGUACCCUGGGCAAGUAAUACUUAAAUCACCCAGACUACGGCUGGCUCAUGCAAGAAGAAAAUGUGCAGCCAGCUCAGUGCCCUGUGUUGAGCAGCCUCAAUCUAUGCCAGCAACCAUACCAAUCCAAGAGAAGAGUGAGGAGGUGGAAUUGGAAAAAGCAGUUCAGCCUUUGCAAGUGCAGGAAUCCACAAGCCUACAACAACUUCAAGAUGUCUCUUUGCCUCCUAAUGGUGUUACUUCUGAACUGCCCCAUGUUAGCACUUCUCCAGUCACCAGUGAUGAGCUUCAACCAGAGACUGCUACUGGAGCACAGCUUCCACCCCCUUUGCCUCCACCACCUCCCCCUCUGCCUCCCCCUUUGCCCUCCAAGGAAGAUGCCACCAAAUCCUUAGACAAAAGUGACAGCAUUGUUAAACGUCAGAGUGUGGAGAAGGGCGUCCAGCACUCUUCUGGUGUCCCACCAGCACAUCUGUUUGAUAGCAGUCAGCUAGUCAGUGCCAAGAAGAAACUUAAGAAGACCGGUGAUCUAGAGGGUUUACAGAGGAGGAGAGUGAGUUCCCCAAUGGAUGAAGUGCUGGCUUCCUUGAAACGUGGCAGCUUUCACUUAAGAAAAGUUGAGCAGAGAAGUCUCCCUCCUUUUCCUGAUGAAGAUGAUAGCAAUAACAUCUUGGCGCAGAUCAGGAAAGGGGUGAAACUGAAGAAAGUACAGAAAGAUGUUUUGAGAGAAUCCUUUACAAUUCUGCCUGAUACUGAUCCUCUGACAAGGAGCAUCCAUGAAGCAUUGCGAAGGAUUAAGGAAGCAUCACCUGAGUCAGAGGAUGAAGAGGAGUGUUUGCCUUGCACAGACUGGGAAAACUAACCUGUGCUUGACAACCACCAACGUGCGAAAAGAAACCCCAGUUGAAGAUUACUUUUCUUCUGCAUUUCUGAAAAUUCAGAGCCAGCACUUACGGCUGUCAGUUCCACAGGAGGCUUUCUUUGGCAAAGAAGUAGUCUUUCUUUGGCAAAUAACUCAGUACAUGGAAAAAAAUGGCCUGAAAUGUUAAUUUCAGGUCACUUUUUUCUUUAUUUGUUCAAACAAAUUCUAGUUUGGGCAGAAAGCUAAAUUGUUUAGGCAUGCAUUUUGUACUAUCAAGAAUGCCCGGUUCUUAAGCACUUUUUAUAUUUGCGUUAGUAAUGUAUGGCCAGUUAAGUGAGGGGGCCAUUUUGAGUUGGGAGACUACUUGGUGUUAGAGUAACUUUGGGGUUCCAAACCAGCUAUAAAAUGGCCCCUUCACUGCACUGAAUAUCUCAUGUGCUUGAAAAUUCAACUAAAUGGCUCCCUGCAGAGAAUCUUGCUGUGUAGCAGUCUGAUAUUCCAGAAAGACGAUUCCUAGUUGCACUACAGUAGCUGAAAUUCAGUAACAUGCAACUAAGAGUUUUUUUCUUCUUAGCUUGAAGAAGCAAAUGUUAGUAUGAAAAGCAACAAGUGACCACAGCACAAUGAGAAUUAAGAGUUGAAUUCAGUACAUAUUCAAGAAUGUGUUUGUUUCCAUCAUGAUACAUUUAGCAAGACAUACUGCAGCACCUUUUUAGAAGGUCAUGUUUAGUCUGACAUCUUUUAAAGUAGACAUUUUCAUGCUUUUUUAAAAUAAUAUUUAGCUAUGCUGAACCAAGUUAGUUAUACUUUUAUCAUUUGUUAUAAGAAGCAAUAUUUUGUAAUUUCAUACUUAAAAGUAUUUUUCUCUUUUGGUUUAAAAUGGCUUUUGAUUAGUCUAAGCAGCCUUCUUUAAAAAAGAUCAAAGCACUUAAGCAUAUUGAUAACUGAGUUAUGAAAAUUAUGCUGUUCUUGCUGGUUUUCAUUAUUCCCUUUAGUGGCUGCAAAAUUAUUUGUAUUUCAUACCCAAAAGCCUACUGGCUGAAAAAAGUUUCUUUUGAUUCUGACUGUUUCAUUUUUAAAGGAGAGUUACAACUUCCUCUGCAGUGAAUACUUAGGAGUAGUCCUAAACCUCAUGACUAAUGGCUGCAGGCAGCUACUCUUAUGAUACCACAGUACCAAGAGGUAUGUCAAUACAGAGAUACAAGUAGCCUUGUACCACCUAAAAACCUCAUGUGGUAUUAAAAAUCAGCCCAUUAGACUUCUAGGAAAGCUGAAUUUUCACUAGCAUUUUGUUUUUACUAGCAUAACAUACACUGUGUUUGAGAAAUACACAGUCCCUGUCCUUUGUGUUGUGUGGUCCAUUCACUGUUCCUCUUUUGACAGAUAAACUACUAUAUGGGGAUCUGGGUUCUUUUAAGUGGAGUUACUCAUUGCUGCUGUCGUGUAAUGGAACACGUACUGUGUUAACAUUUAUAACAGGGGAUUUCACGUCUUGCCGUUUACUUACAGAGAGAGGAGCAGGAGACCUUACCUUAGCAAUAGGCUGUAUAAUCUAAAGGAACCUCAGCUCUGGGACCCUCCAGUCUAUUGAAGAUGUUUUGCUGUGGCUGUCCAAAAAUUAAAGCUCUGUCAAACAUCUUGAGAGGAUUUUCUUAACCAUGUUGCCUUACUUAUUGAAGUUAGUGAACAUUGAUUUUUCAAAGCACCUGCAAGCAGUGUUACUGUAGAAUUGUAUCGAUUUUGCUGUGUUAGUUGCCAGGUCUCUAUUUUUCAGCUGUGUGAAACACCUGAUACUGGCUUUCCACAGGCUUAAAACUACAUGAUGCUUUUUUCUUACUCUCUGAAUUCUGUGUUACAUGGUAUGGUUGUGAGCUGUCUGCUGUGUUCAUGCAGGCAUGGCAGCAGUUUCAAGAUUGCAUCAUAAUAAUUCGACACUACCUAUACCAUCAGCUGUUUUGUUCUUCAUUUGUUUGUACUUUCACUCACAUCACACAUUAAAACCAAGGUAAUCAAAUAAAUUUUUGGCUGUAGCAUAAAACAGAACUAUGAUGUAGAAUGGUAAUUGACAUUAUACAUUUCAUCUGAAACUUAGUGCUAAAUUAACAGUGGUGAAGAAACAACUUUUAUGUUCAUUUUUUUCCUAUUUUCCAGCCUGCAGUUUCAUUCCUUGGAGUAUGCAUACAGACACUAGCAAAAUUUCAAGCCGAGGAAAAAUAGUGUAAUUCUAAAGUAUUUGUGCAGGGCUUCCCUUGCGCAACAUGUUUGUCUGCAGUUUACCACUGUGUUGUUACCUAAAUAGCUCCAUGCUGUACUGUACUACAGUUUUCAGAUAUGUUUGCCAUGUGAUCUGUCAUCUUUGCCUUGAAAAAUGUGUGCAUGAUUGAUGAAAAUUACUCUUCUUAAUCUGUUUCAUAUUUAGCUGAAAUCUUAGAUUUCUGUAGUAGCUUAGUCUCAAUAGAAAUGGAGUUCUCAUAUGAGCAUGUAUUUUAUGGGCACACGAAAAGUAGUUGUUACGCUGAGCAUAGCAGUAGGUAUCAGUUCAAAACUGCCAUCUUCUGUGUGGAAAAUGAAUGGGGAUUUUGUCCACAUCCUGCUCAAAAAAACCCCCAAACCAAUCCUGAAUUUAAAUCUCCAUGAGUCACUAGAUGUCACAAUUUCAUAUAAUUUUCACUUUGAUAGAAAAAUUGUGUAUAUGUGCAAAGGCUAAUGCAUAAAAGGUACCAUCCUGUGCCAUGUGAAAUUUUCCAGUGGGAUGACUACUGCAGAAAAUGAGGAAACUUUAGUAUAUUUAAAGAAACUUAGGGAAAUUAUGACAGUCCUGCGUUGAGGUCAGUUCCUCCACAGCUGAGAAAAACUGUAAUAAUUGUGCUGGUCCGUGAGAAAUCUUGGCAAGCAUCACUAAGGAAAAACACGUAAACAUGCACAAGGAAGAAGAGCCUCCAUAAAAAGACCUGCCGAUUGAUAUUUGUCAUUUUAUUGUUAUGGCUGCAUUGUUUUGUUGCUAGUUAUUUAUCUUAAAUAGGUUCAUCAGCUUUUGGCUUUUUCCAUUUUUAGAAACUUCUAUCUUUUUUCAAAUUAAAAGUUUUACUAUGGUGUAGCUGAUCAAAUGAAGUAAAGAUUUGGAAUGCAUAAUGUUUAUUGUACAAAUGCUUAUGUAAGGACUGAAAAAUCUUUAAUGAGUGGGAACAAGAAACUAAACAUGCAGUUUUUGCUAGAAUAACCAAAAUCCAAGGUAAACAGCAAUAGUCUUGUUCAGAAAUUGAGUUUGUAUCAACAAGAAUUUCAUGUUCUCAUUCAUGGAGUUUCCAGAUCCUUUACAAAUGACCAAUAGUCUUACUCACUUUACUGUAUUUUCAUGUUAGUUAUCUGUCUAGGGUAGAUGAAGGCUUUUUUAUUUUUCUCAAACAUCACUUUUAAGUUUUGCCUGGUUUUUGUUUUUUUUUUUUUUAAUCUGACAGUCUGCAUUCUACACCAGACACUUGUAAAAUAAAUUGGUAUGAUUAUAUAUUGUGUUCUUUUGUGACUGAAUUGGGGAUAGAACUCAACAUACUUCACUACGUUAUUUGUAAAGAAUCAUUUUGAGUAUAAGCACUAUAUUCUGUACUGUUUAAUAAUAAAGUAAUGAUGGAUGCAUUAUUGAAGAUGCAACUUAUUGAGAAGAGGAGGCAGAAACUUUAUUGGUUAAUGUUACCCUUAUUCCAUUUGUUGCACUGAAUUUCAGGAGUGUAAUUUGUAAAUCAAGUUUGCUCAUGCGUGUAAUCAGAUUUUAUUUUCAUUGUAAUGCUUAUGUAAUCAAAUUACCUGGAUGUACUUCUGGUAAUGAUUUCAUAAGCAUGGACAAUAUGUUGUUGAUGUUUCGCGCUACAGAAUUAAUGUUAAGAACAAGCAAAGCUUCUUGCAAAGAAAAGGAGUAACAGAAGCACCUUACUGGGAGAGCAUGUUGCAUGAUUUCGGUCCUCUUGGAACUGACAGACAGUAGGUCAUCCUAAACUUGACUGCAAAUUGCUCUUUGGUGUAAUAAGCACAUCAGCAUACUGCUAUCAAUGCUAUCAACACAAUGGCUAUUUUUAACCUAUAAAUAUACUGUAAUUUAAGUUUUCCUACAAAGUGAAUUUAUAUUUAAUUGCUGCCUAAUACAUAAAUACUUAGAAUUUUUAGAAGGGUCAAGGGAGGGAGGGCGGGCAUGCCAGUAUAUUUGUGGGAGGGGCUGUUGCAUAUAUGGGUCUUUGUACUUCCUGUUCAGUUUGACUGUUAAUCCAAAACUCACAGCUCUGGCUGUGGUGAAUCUGCCACCUGACGUUUAUGUAUUUUUAUUGUGAUUCAGGUCUUCUAUAUUCUGUGACUCAGAGCUUCAGAAUUUGACAGAAAAGGUCAUCUUUCCAUUCUCAAAUGUGAAUGCUUUGUACCUCUAAUAGGGAAAAUGACCAAGCGAUGAAUUUGAUUCUGAUGAGUUUUUAAUAUUAAUGUGUAAAGCAUUAUCUAAAGCUCGUUAAGCAGUAGUGUGUGCAUUGGAAACAAAUAGAAAGGAUGAAGACCAUUUUGGUGCAUAUAAUCCAAACUCUGCAGAAACUUUAUUCCAGAGACUGUCACCUAUCCAGGAAUUAGUUUGCCAUAAACUGGCUUGAUUUUCAGACUAUAAAUACAGUUUUGACUUCUGAAUUGGUAAAUAGGUGUUGGGCAUUGGGGAUAUUCACUUAACAUCUUUCAGCGUGUUGUUGCUGUUGCUGUAUGUUUUGAACUUCAUUUUAAGUGUAUACAAAUGUGUCAAUAUAAAAGGAAAGCUAAAGAAAUUCAGAUGGCUGCAAGUUGUCUUACAUGAAUGAAGCCAGUGAAGCUUAAUGAAACUAACUUCUUUGUUAAGCCUGUUAAAUAAAUAAGAAAUAAUGAAAACAAUUUUUCCAUUCACUAGCUCUGUGCAAUACCAUCCUUAGACUCAGACACUACUAGCACAUUGUGCUUGGCUUUAAGAAAAUUCUUUAAUUCCAUUAUAUUCAAAAGGACAUAAUAAAUGCAUAUUUUAUUGUAAACAACUCUGCAAAUUUACUAUGCGUGAAAAUGCUAAAAGUUAUUAAAUAUUAAGCACAAGUAUGUUUAAAAAAAAGGUUAAGAACUAAACAAACAUUUCUAGCAAUACCUAGAAACUAAAAAAAGUUUUAAUUGUCUGCUUCUUGGUCUUUAUUCUUUAGUGCAGCUUUUCUGCAAUGCAAGUUUAUUGCUGUGUAUUUCAUGGGGUUUUAUUAUCAUGAUUCAGAAAUUUGAACCUGUAUGCAAAGUACUGCAUUCACCUUAUUGUACAUGCGAUGUAACAUCAUACUCACAGUUUUGGUGCUUUAAAAUUAUUCCUCUUUUCUUUAUUAAAGGAUAUUUAUUUGA